CGGCGCUGACUUUAGAAGAGACGGAAUAUUCUUGGUGAUUCUUCAUCCAUUACUGUUCAUAUAGUCAUCCUAGGCCUCUAGUCUCGCCUUUUCGUGGCCUUGAUCUCAAUCUCAGGUUUCUAUAAAACAGUGGUCUCGGGCCUGCCUUCCCCUCAUGAGGGUUUUCACGAUCCUACUCUCCAUCACAGUUGGAAUCUUGUCUGUAGUACUGUUCAAGGAGCACAUUCUCGAGACAGCCUCAGCCGUAUAUAACAACCUCAGUAUUUUUACCGCCACCAACAGCAACAACAACAACAACAGCGAGACGAUGGCAGCGAAAGCCAGCAUCCCACGUGCGAUCCGCAAGGCCUUCCUGGCCGUCGAGCAGGCAGAGGGCGCCGGCGCGCGCGUCAGGCGCUCCAUCGGCACGCCGCAGCUCAAGAACUUCUCGCCUUUCCUGAUGCUGGACCACUUCUCCGUCAAGCCGGGCGCGGGAUUCCCUGACCACCCACACCGCGGGCAGGAGACAAUCACAUACAUGCUCUCAGGCGCCUUCGACCACGAGGACUUCGCAGGGAACAAGGGCACCAUCCACGCGGGGGACCUGCAGUUCAUGACGGCGGGCCGCGGGAUCGUGCACAGCGAGAUGCCCGCGCAGAACGCCGACGGCAGCGCCAACACGGGCCUGCAGCUGUGGGUGGACCUGCCGCGGGACCUCAAGGGGUGCGAGCCGCGGUACCGCGACCUGCGGGGCACCGAGAUCCCGACCGCGACCUCGGACGACGGCAAGGUCACCGUCAAGGUCAUCUCGGGCCAGAGCCACGGCGUCGACUCGGUCAAGGACCUGGCGUACACGCCCGUGUGGCUGCUGGACGUCACCGUGCGGCCCGGCGGCAGGGUCGAGCAGGCCGUCCCGGAGGGGUUCAACGCGUUCCUGUAUACCCUCGAGGGCACGGCGCUGUUCGGCGCGGAGAAGAGGCCCGUGCCGCAGUAUCAUAAUGUUGUUUUUGAGCUGGAGGGGGAUGCGAUCGUUGCCGAGAAUGAGGAGGGCGCUGAGGGGGACGCGCGGUUCGUCAUUGUUGCGGGCAAGGUGCUGGACCAGCCUGUUGUGCAGUACGGCCCUUUCGUGGUGACCUCGCUAGAUGAGGUUCGAGAAGCGCUGGAGGACUACACGCUGCACAAGAGAGGGUUUGAGAGGGCUGAGGGGUGGGCGAGCGAGAUUGGAAAGUCGAUGGUGCAUUAAGUGGUAUCGUUGUGUUGGUGUAGAUUCGGUGGAUAUACCUGUUCAUUGGCUUGGUGUACUGGCGUUCCAGGGUUAUUAUCGCUCAAUUCAUUUGUACUCCGAUCUAUACUCCUAAGGAAUCUUUAGACGAG